AUUAGCCAGAGGGGCUGCGCCUGCGCCCCGCCCCGCCCCAGCCCUGAAAGUCCCGGCGUCCGAGGGUCCGGCCCCAGAGGCAGGCUGCUCCUUCUCCGCCCCGGACUCAAUUCCAGACCAAAGCUGAAAAAAUGGCUGAUCUGAUGGAUAAUAAAGUUCUCAUGGCCUUUGCCUCCUAUGCAACAAUUGUUGUUUCAAAGAUGAUGUUUAUGAGUACUGCAACUGCAUUCUUUAGAAUAACGAAAAAGGUUUUUGCCAACCCAGAAGACUGUGCAAGCUUUGGCAAAGGAGAGAAUGCCAAGAAAUAUCUUCGAACAGAUGAGAGUGUGGAGCGCGUACGAAGAGCCCACCUGAAUGAUCUGGAAAAUAUUGUGCCAUUUCUUGGUAUUGGCCUUCUGUAUUCCCUGAGUGGUCCAGAUCUCUCCACAGCUCUCCUGCACUUCAGAAUCUUUGUCGGAGCACGGAUCUACCACACCAUAGCUUAUCUGCUGCCCCUUCCCCAGCCAAACAGGGGCCUGGCCUUUUUUGCUGGAUAUGGAGUUACUCUUUCAAUGGCUUACAGCUUGCUGAGGAACAAAUUGUAUCUGUAAAGGCCAUCACGUACCAUGUCAUGCAACUGUUUUCUUUUUAAGAGUUCUCUACUUUCGGUAUACAGUAUAAUGUAUAUUUGGAGGGUUUUUAGGGAGAAGGAAAGUGGAGAAAUUAAGAAUUUAGGGAAAUCCAUUUUAAAGAUCAGUGCCAGUGACAUCCUUUAUUUUUGUUUUAUGUUUGCAUUAGAAAUUUUACACAAUAGUUAAUUUUUUUUGUCUGAUUCUUAAGUACUUCAUCGUGAAUGUUGAUUAUGUUAUAAUUUGUAACAUCGUGAGUAUAAAAAUGAUCAUAUGUAUAGGAAACAUGUUUAAAUACUGCUUAAAUAGUCUUGGGAAAUAAAUAACUUAAAGAAUGA